UUUUUUUAGUUGCUAACCAAUAGCUGUAGCUGGACAGUUAGGAUUAAGCAGCUGCAUUGUGAAUUCCGUAUGCUUGGCUAAUCUGUUGUUUUAAGGAACAGGGAAGACAGUCCCAAGAUGAAUGGGCUGGACAGGAGCCACCAAGUGUGAAUUCAGCAGAACUGAGCAGAAACAGGGGGAAAACUGAUAGCAGCAGCAGGUAAUCUCGACCCUCAACUCAUGGACCACCCAUCAAAAGGGACUCAAAUGCCGGGAAAAAUAAUAUAAUUUGUAACCAGUAAAAGCUGACGCCUUUGUUAUAAUGUAUAAACAGUGUAAUGGUUUGAAGACCCGCGCUCCAGCCUUUUGUGGGUUACCACUCCGCUCCCUGCUUUGCUCAAUCUGGAGUGAAGGGACAGCAUCACCUCGGCCCGGUGUGCGAACUGGGGCUGCGCAGCGGGGAACGGGCCGUGUUCGGGACAAUGCCAUGGCAGCAUCACAUCACCAUGGCCUCGAUCCUUCAUCACAUCACCCCCCGAGCCCUAACGGGCCGUGUUCGGGACAAUCCCACUGCAGCAUCACCCCACCAUGGCCUUGAUCCACCAUCGCAUCACCCCCCGAGCUCUAACGGGCCGUGAUCGGGACAAUCCCGCCGCAGCAUCACAUCACCAUGGCAUCAAUCCAUCACCACAUCGCCCCCCGAGCUCUGCCCGGCCCCUCCAAGCGAGGGAUGCAGCUCUCGUCCCUCUCCCUGCCCCCUGAGCACUCAUUAACCGCGGUGCCGCCGCUCGGCGGGGCCGGGCCGGCGGCUCCUGCCCCGGGAGGGAGGCCGGGCCAGCAGAGCCGCCUCCUUCCCGCUCCCUGCCCCGGCUGAGGGCCAGGGCCGUGCCGUGCCAUGGCCGCUCCCUGCUACCUGGGCUGGGAUUUCAGCACGCAGCAGUUGAAAGUCAUUGCUAUUGAUGAACAGCUGAGGGUCAUUUAUGAGGAUAAUGUUCAUUUUGAUAAGGAUCUUCCGGAAUUUAAGACUCAAGGUGGAGCCUACAUUCACAAUGACAGACUGACAGUCACUUCACCCGUGCUUAUGUGGGUCAAGGCUCUGGAUGUGAUCUUGGAAAAGAUGAAGUCUUCAGGCUUUGACUUCUCUCAAGUCAGAGCAAUGUCUGGUGCUGGCCAGCAACAUGGGAGUGUGUUCUGGAAAAAAGGAAGCAUCCAGAUUUUAAAGAAUGCAUCACCUGAACUGCCUUUGCACCAAUCACUAAAGGGCUGUUUUUCAGUCAGGGACAGCCCCAUCUGGAUGGAUUCCAGCACAGCCUCCCAGUGCAAAGCCCUGGAGAAAGCCCUGGGGGGAGCCCAGCACCUGGCCAGGGUCACUGGCUCCAGGGCCUACGAGCGUUUUACAGGAAACCAGAUAGCAAAGAUUUACAGCCAGAAUCCUGAGGUCUACAAGCAAACUGAGAGAAUCUCUUUGGUCAGUAGCUUUGCAGCUUCCCUUUUCCUAGGAACUUAUGCACCCAUUGAUUACAGUGAUGGUUCUGGUAUGAACUUGCUGCAGAUUUGGGAAAAGGCAUGGUCAAAGCCCUGCCUUGAUGCUUGUGCCCCUGGAUUAGAGGAGAGACUGGGAUGCCCUGUCCCAUCCCACUCAGUCCUGGGGCCCAUUUCUCCAUAUUAUAGUCAACGUUAUGGGUUUAGCCCAGACUGUAAAAUAGUAGCAUUUACAGGAGACAAUCCAGCAUCACUGGCAGGGAUGAGACUUCAAGAAGGAGACAUUGCAAUUAGCCUUGGCACAAGUGACACAUUGUUCCUGUGGAUCCAAGAGCCAACUCCUGCCUUAGAAGGUCAUAUUCUCUGCAAUCCUGUUGACUCUCAAACAUAUAUGGCCCUUUUAUGUUUUAAGAAUGGCUCUCUGAUGAGAGAGAGGAUCAGGGAUGAGUGUGCUUCAGGCUCCUGGGAUGAAUUCUCCAAAGCCUUAUCAUCAACUGAUGCUGGAAACAGUGGAAACUUGGGUUUCUACUUUGAUGUGAUGGAAAUUACUCCUGAAGCAGUUGGGGUUCACAGAUUCAACAGAGACAACCAAAAGGUUCCAAGGUUUCCAAAGGAAGUAGAAAUACGAGCACUGAUUGAAGGGCAGUUCAUGGCCAAGAGGAUUCAUGCUGAGAAGCUGGGAUAUAAAGUCUUGCCUAAAACAAGGAUUUUGGCUACUGGUGGCGCAUCCCACAAUAAAAAGAUCUUACAGGUCCUGUCCGACGUGUUCAACGCGCCCGUGUUCACCAUCGACACGGCCAACUCUGCUUGUCUGGGAAGUGCUUACAGAGCAAUCCAUGGACUUGUAGCUGAGAGGAAUGUGCCCUUGGCUGAUGUUGUGAAAUUAGCACCAGAGCCCAGAUUGGCUGUUACACCCACCCCAGGGGCUGAGGAGCUCUAUCGUCCACUUCUGAAAAGAUAUGCUGAGCUUGAACAGAAGGUUAUCUACAACCCAGCCUCUUCUUGUCUUGUGAAAUAGAAGCAAAUAAAAUUUAUAUGUUGUCUGAGCAGACUCCCAAGGAGAAGAUCAGAAGAGAUUUGCUCAGAAUUUACUGGAGCUGUUUAAAUCAUUUCGUUCCUCUUUGUAGACAAAUAAUUUUUAAAUGUCUGUGUUUGAGUGUGUUGGUGGGGAAAAAAUUACAUUGUGAUUGAAAACCUGAUUAAAAAAGCAUCAUAUUGCUCUGUG